AUGGCCGUCUCGACAAGAGAUCUCGCUACGCUGCUUGCGCAAACCACCAUUGAAGACCACGACGAAGUACUCAAAGCCACCAAUGCGGCUCUCAAAAAGUCCAAAGGCGAUCAAGAUGCGCAACAUACCAAGGCUGUAGCACUCUUGCACCUCGACCGAUACGAAGACGCCUUACAAGUGUUCGAGACCGCACCGGAAGUCCAGAAGAAAGCGCAAUUCGAAUAUGCAUAUGCGCUCUACAAGACAGGGAAUGCGGCCAAGGCGGUAGAAGUGGCACAGGCUGCAGGGUCAGGAGCAGGCCGUGGAAUGAAGCAUAUGCUUGCUCAAGCGGCGUACCGUUCUGAGAACUUCGCUCAAGCCACGAGGAUCUACAAGGAACUUGCAGACCAGAACGUCGAAAGUGAGGAGUACGACAUUCGAAUCAACUCAGGAGCCGUAGACGCCCAAUUGGAAUGGACUGGACAGGGCGAGCUGGCACAGAAGAAGCAGCCCACACGAGAGGAUCUGGAGGUUUUCGAGACAGCAUUCAAUGCGGCAUGCGGCAGUAUCUCGCGCAACGAGUUUGGACAGGCGCAAGUGUGCUUGAAGCGCGCAAAGGACCUGUGCAAUGCGCUUUCUGACAUGAGCGAGGAAGAGAAGCAGGCUGAGCUGCUGCCAAUUACAGUACAGCAAGUCUAUGUGUUGAUACAACUUGGCAAAACCGAUGAAGCAGAAGAACUGGCUACAAAGAUUCCUUUCGCUGACAUCAAGGAACUUUCGACUCGCUACAUCGCUCAAGUGAACAGCAUUGCUGCUUCAAAAGAACACUCAAACCCUUACCUCUCACAUCGUAUAUUCCAUUCAUCGCCUCAACCUCCUGUUACCGAUCAACUCUUCUCCUACCAGUCGAACAUUCUCCGAGAGGACGAAUACGUCAUCUCACUCUUGUCGCAAAAGGUGACUGGUGUCGCUGAAUCUACCCAAAAGGUCAUCUCUGGAACUCCCGCUCCGUCACUUUCUCCAGUUGUCAACAUGGCGGCUGUACUCAAUGCGGCAGCCCACGCCAGGAACACGAGUACUGAGAAAGCUGCGUUGAAGGCAAUAUUGCCGUUGCUCGAGAAAAGGCCAAAUGACGUUGGCCUCAUACUCACGAUAACACAACUUUACGUAAUCACAAAUAACUACGCUGCUGCUACGUCCCUUCUUGAAUCCUUCUUCAAGCGUCUUGAACAAAGCGGCUCCGCAUCCGAUCUCGAUGUACGCUUUGCGCCAGGUCUGAUCGCCGCACUCAUUUCGUUGUACGCACAGCAAGGGCGCCCAGGAGCAUCAAAGAACGAGUUGGCAAAGGCUGCAGAAUAUUGGCGGAAGCCCCACAAAUCAAAGACAGAGGCGCCUUCCAAGUCUCUCAUGGUUGCUGCUGGCACAGCACUCCUUGAUACGCACAACCCAGAGAACGUCAAGUCUGCAGGCGAAAUCUUCAAGGGCUUGUAUGACCAAGACAACGAAGACCGAGCAGCCAUUGCUGGUCUUGUUGCAGCAUACAGCGUCGCGGAUCCCGCCUCAAUACCCGCAGAUCUCCUGGCAUAUCUGCCAGAAGCGAACCGCUUAGUAACCGACAUCGAUGCUGCUGAACUCGAAAAGGCUGGCGUCCCCCUUGGCAACGUCACCUCAGUAAAUCUCGUGGCAGAAUCACGGAAACGUAGCCUUGCACCAACUAAUGCAGUCCUGUCGAAACCCAAGAGGUUACGAAAGGCAAGGAUGCCAAAGGACUAUGUAGAGGGCAAGAAGGUAGAUCCCGAGAGGUGGUUACCGAUGCGCGACAGGAGCUACUACCGUCCCAAGGGACGAAAAGGAAAGAAGAAGAUGGAUGGCCUCACUCAGGGAGGUGUAGUGGCAGAAGACAAAGGCACUCCAGCCGCUCAGGAGAAGAAGGGCGGUGCCGACAAAGGCAAGAAUAAGAAGAAGGGCAAGGGUGGUAAAUGGUGA